UUCAUCCUCUUCCCAUCCCUUUCCCUUGACCAUGUUCGCCUUGGCUUUAGUCCCUCACUUGUUUUUUUCCCCUCCCUGCCCAUGCCUCUCAGUAGUUUGGUUUUUCUCUCCUCCUCCCUCAUUUCCACCUGCCUCGUUUUCAUCUACCUUGUUAACCCCAAGGCCUAGCCAUUAGGGCCCUCCCUUCCCCCUCAUCUCUUCCCCCUCUCUCUUUCCCUUCUUCCCUAAACCUCCCUGGUGCAGGGAUGUUGGAGGGGGUGGGAGCAGGACCAGAAUAUCCAUUGCUGCAUCAUGGUUAGCUGGCCAAGGGUCUAGGACUCAUGGCCACCCAAGUGGGAGACUCACCUGAGACGGUCCUUCCACGAGGGUUGAAGGGAGGCCAAAAGCAGCCGGCGAGGAAACAGCACUGCUCGAGGAGUUGGAACAUCCACAUGGUCAUAAAUAUGGGGAAAACAAAGAAAAAGGAAGUCCAAGAAGGAUCACCUAAAGAGAAUAAACUGCCUUUCAGUGAAGCACUGCUAGCAUACCACAUCGAGAUAAAGGAAGAGGAGAUAGAACAACUUUUGGUUCAAGUAAAAAAACUUAAAGAAAAGAACCAAAACUACCAGGAAAGGAAUGAACGCCUAAAGAAAGAACAGCUGUGGCAUAUCAAGAAUCUACUAAGCGAAAUGAGAGAGCAGGACAAGAAGUCAGAACAAGAGCCGACUGUAACGCGGGGUGAAAUUGAAGAAGCCAUGAAGGAAAAAUGGCGAUUUGUCAAAGACCAGGAAAGGAAUUUGGAAGACAUGCGCGUGCAGGUAGAGAGCGCUGAGAAAAAAUACAUUCAGAAACGCAGCGAGAAGGAAUAUCUGGAGGAAUACAAGAAUGUGGGGAGCAAAAAACACGCCAGCCAGAUCUCUUCCUUAGAAAAUGAGAUCCAGGUCAUCAGAAAGAAUACAGAAGAAAUGAUAGAGAAUUUUCGAGUCACUGUGGAAGAAACAAAGAAGAAAAUUGGCAGAUUCACUUUGAAGCAAGUGGAUGAGAAGAAGGAAUUAGCCACCAAGAAAGCCGUAAAGAACAUCGAUAGGGGCAGCUAUACAGAGAUCAAGGAAAACGACUGGCUUAAGAAAGAGGUUACACUUUAUAGGAAGGAGGUAGAGGAUCUGGAACUUGACACGCAUCUCUUGGAGGAAGAAAACGUAAAGCUUGUCAACGAAAUGUUUGAAUGUCGACUAAAGGAUCUCAGAGUACCCAGGCACUUAUUUCUGGCCCGGUGUGCUGGACUGGAAACUCACCCAGAAGCGAGGAGAGGUGCGAUAAAACUGCCUUCAGGGAAGUCAGAAAUGGAACCUUUAAUUCUCAGGAGUAAAACAGUCCCUUGGGGAAAGAAGAAAACGUUGUCUUUUAAGUUAGACUCCACAGAUGACUCCGUAACCCCUAGAGAGGGCCAUCUUUUACGUGAAGACGGUCGCUCGUCAGUAUCUUCUGCUUCGCGUCUCAGCUACUUACUCUAUCAGGAGGAACAGGAUUUCAAGGAAUACGCGAAGAUGGGUUCACUGGAGGUGAAAUUCAUGUGCGUGGAAGGGCUGGCGAUGCCCAUUCACCAGAACGAGAAGGAGGCCCCGAGCAGAAGAGAGCGCGAAGCGCUGCAGGAGCCGGGCAGCCACAUCACCCACAAGAUGGUCCAGUCGCUCCUCUGACGAGGGGCCGUGGCGCCCCAUGCCAGAGGUGAACGGCGCGCGCUCCGAUUGCUUCCCGGAUCCGGGCGAGACCGACGACGUGAUGCUACAGGAAAGAUUUUUGAGGAUUAGCGGGGUUGUUUCAUUAAAGUGCCCCAAAUCCAAACGUUCAAAUGGGGGUGCGGGCACUG